AUGAAAAUGUGUAAAAAAAUGGAAAAGUUACAUACUUUAUGUGUUAUGGUUGAAAAAUCGUGGCCCAAUUCUGGUUAUUUUGGUUCUGAGCCAAUAAUAAUAGAAGGAAUAUUGUGUUUAAGUGAAUGGAAUCUGAAGAAUAGUGAUUUAAAGGCGAAUCAAAUUGGCUUGAAUGGGCAUAGAGACGUAGAAGAUAUUGAUUAUAUGAUUUCUGCUACACGGAUAACUGGAGAUACAAGAAAGAGCCUUUUUGGAAAAGUUGACAUUCUGGUGAUAACACGGGAAUUCUUGGUAUUGCAUUAUUCAUAA